GUCGUCAAGCUUCUUUUGGACAAGGGCGCCGAUACCGAGGCGAAAGAUAACGAGCUCGAAGAGACACCGCUGUACAAAGCUUGCCGAUACCCUGCCGCGGAUGUGCCAGCUCUGCUACUCCAGAAGGGGGCCAACGUCGAUAGCCGGAAUGGGUCCGACGACCAAACGCCGCUAAUGACGGCGAUUGAAUACGGACGGGCGGCCACUACCCAGCUCUUGCUCGACCACGGUGCCAACAUCCAGCCCAAGACCAAGAAGGGACACUCGGCGUUCUCGUUGGCCUGCAGCGAGGGCAAUCUGGACGUCAUCAAACUUUUCCUCCAGAGGGGGACUGAUGUUGAAUCAAAGGAUACAUCCGUCGGAAUGUCCGCUCUAGCUGAGGCCGCCCGGUGUGGGCGUCACGCCGUGGCACAAGUUCUGCUCGACUAUGGUGCCGAUUUGGAGUCAAAAGAUGUUGAAGGGCGGACGCCCUUGGCGUGGGCUGCCUUCUCAGGGCACUGCGAUAAAACCGUCUUGGUC